UUACAGGUGAAGGUUACAAGCCUGACAGAGCGGUCUGGAGAGAAACUAUGGGAUAUUAUUUAUACCAGAAAUGUGAUCCCGAGUCCAGAAAUAGAAGUAUAUGCACUUCCUGUCUGGGCUGGCACCUGGAAAAUUAUGAACUUCGCCUUCAGACAACAGAAAGAAGAGUGGGAUCACGUCUGGCCUGAUUUCCAACAAAAGUGUCACAGCAUAUUGAGCGAGGCACACGAGUUGUUGGAACAGGAUGAGCCCUCGAGAUGGACUGACUCAUGGAGGCUCUCAAAACCUCCAGUUCCUGCUGAAGAUUGUACGCUCGCGGAGCUCACCGCUGAAAUGAUGAAGAUCCAUGAGGUGUUCCUGCCUGGGUGGGACCAGUCCUGGCUCAUCUCUGAAAUUCCUCUGCAGGAAAAGGAAGAGUGUGAGAAGAUCUGGGGAUGUUGGAGUUACAGGCAACAGAUCAGGUGGUGCAUGACUUCACUACAAAGCCAAACGAAACACAACAACAUGCUGACAAGGAGACGUGACAUUCUCAACUUUCUCCUCACAUCAAAACUGCAUCUGGCAAUGAAUGAUGCCGCUGAAUGGUCAGAUUGUUGGAAGACCCAGAAAAGAUGGACCCCACCUUACCAGGAGGUCCUGGAUGAGGGCUUGGGUGACGAAGAUGACGAAAUGUUCAACGACACGGAUGAUGAGGACGGAGUGGACAGUGAAUGGUCAGAUGACGAGGAAGAAGAGGAUGAAGAAACAGAGGAGAAAAUAGGCCAAAUGCAAGAAGAAGAGAUAGAGAGCGACAUACAUGUAGAGGAGGAUGUGGGAGUUGAUGGGGAAGAGGAAAGGGAUGGCAAUAGUGAAGAAGAAAAGAUUGAAAAAGAUGAUUAUGAAAAUGAUGAAGAAGAGGAAGAUGAUCAGGCCGAUGGGGAAGAGAUUGAUGAAGAGGAGGAGGAUAAUGAAGAGCUGGAAGUAGAAAAUGAGGCAGACGAUGAGGGAAAGGGGAAGAACAAUAACGUCUAUGGGGAACAUGAGGAGAAUGGAAUGACUGAAGAGAAGAUUAAUGACAAAUACAACAAAGAGAAGGAGAAAGAGGAAGAACAGAGGACCAAGAAACGAUGUAUGGAGGAGGAGGUAUUACUUGGGCAGGAAGAGAAUAAUGGAGUGGACACAGAUGAGGAAGCGGUGAAUGGAGUGGAGGAGGAGGAAGAUGAGUUGGAUGUUGACGAUAAAGUGAACAUGGAGGAGAGUCAAAUGGAAGAACGAACUCAGCCUAUACUCCGAAAAGACCAAGAGGCAAAUCUUUACAGGGGAACGAGACAAGAGGGGGAUGGAGGAGAGGAGGAUGACACUGAAGAGGAAGAUGGAGGAUGGGGGGAUGACACUGAAGAGGAAGAUGGAGGAUGGGGGGAUGACACUGAAGAGGAAGAUGGAGGAGGGGAGGAUGACACUAAAGAGGAAGAUGGAGGAUGGGGGGAUGACACUGAAGAGGAAGAUGGAGGAGAGGAGGACAAAGGGGACGAGGUUGAAAAGGACGAGAGGAAAGAAACUGAGGAAGAGGAUGUCCAGGAGGAGGAAGAGGAAGUAGAAGGUGACGAAGAAGACCAGGUCUCUGAAGAAAAACACCAGAAUGACAACAUAGAGAAAGAUGCAGCAGAAAAUGAAGAAAAGGAUGAGAAAGAGGAUGAAGAAUGGCAUGAUUGUGUCAGCAAACACACGGAGGAGGACACAGAAGACUUGGGAGUCAUGGACUAUAAUGUUGAUGAUGAGGAAGAAGAUGAAACUGUAGGAGAGGAGGAGGAUGAUGCCGAUGAUGAGGAUGACGCUGAUGAUGAAGAUGAUGAUGAAAAAGAAAGAUGCCCCGAAACGGAAGAGGACGACAAUGAAAGCAACGGAGUGGACGGACAAGAGGAGGAAGAUGACGAAGAACUUCAAGCUGCAGAGAUGAUGAACGCAAACCACCAAGAAGAACAUGAGGAAGACUUACCGCAGGUGCCGCUGCAUUUGCAGUUCCACAAAGUCAGCGCCUCCUUCUCCUCCUGGAAGAAGUCUUGGAUUGUGGCAAUGGCUCACAGAGUGGGGGAUGACAAUGAGGACGAGGAAAACCAGACGGAGGGGCAAGAGGCGGUGCGAGCUUGGAGAGAAUCAUGGAGGAUGUGCCGCCUGGAGAAGGCAGACGAGGAUGAGGUGUUGUGUUUCUCCAGCAGGCAUCGGAGUGUGAGACACAACACAUUGUUCCUUGAGGAAGACGACUUGCUGAAGGAGGAAUGGACUCUUAGUUGGAAGACAACCAAGAAGAGUAAUGACACUAAACAAGAAGAUGAAAAUGGUUCAUGA